GUGCUCUGCGUGUUUCCAACCUGCUGCUAUUAAUACACCCACCAAACAUAAUCUGCGGGAUAGGUUAUCCUCUUACGUUUGUUGGCAGGGUUCAUAGUAGCAUGUUAGGGCGAGAGAAAGACUGAAAGGUUUGUCUUGAAUGGUCCCGGCCCACUAACGCUAGUGACUGAAAAAACAAAACAGACGUAGAAAGCACAGUUUUGUUUUCCUCCCCUCUACUUCACUUUCGUUUUUUCGUUCUGCUCGGCUUGCCAGAGGGCAGGCGCUCUGAGCGCCCGUGUAUGUGUACGUCCCAGCGGUUAUAUUAGCGCUGAUCUUUCUCUGGAGCUCUCAUCUCAACUUCUGUCUCUGUCCGCCCAUCAUGAACACACUCCCAGCGUACUCGGGAGCCAGGAUCUCAGGCUGCUGGGCUCUUAGGUCAGAUGGAAGUGGCGGUGGGGAAGGCUCUCUGGACAGGCUCCUCCCCUCUGUCAACACCAGCCUGUCUCCACGAAAACGAACCACCAGCCAAUGCAAAUCAGAGCCUCCACUGCUGCGGACCAGUAAGAGGACUAUCUACACAGCCGGACGUCCACCGUGGUACAAUGAACAUGGGACCCAGUCCAAAGAAGCUUUUGUUAUUGGGCUUUGUGGAGGCAGUGCCUCAGGCAAAACAACAGUUGCUCGUAAAAUUAUCGAGGCUUUGGAUGUUCCUUGGGUCGUUCUUCUGUCAAUGGAUUCCUUCUACAAGGUUCUGACGGCCGAACAGCAGCUGCUGGCUGCUAAUAAUGAUUACAACUUUGACCAUCCAGACGCCUUUGAUUUCAGCCUGCUGGUGCACACUCUCCGCAAACUCAAGCAGGGCAAGAGCGUGAAGAUCCCAGUGUAUGACUUCACCACGCAUGGACGGCAGAAAGAAUGGAAAACGGUGUAUGGGGCUAGUGUGAUUAUAUUUGAGGGCAUCAUGUCAUUUGCCGAUAAAGAGCUGCUGAAGCUGCUGGACAUGAAGAUCUUUGUGGACACCGAUUCUGACAUCCGGCUGGUACGGAGGCUCAGGAGGGACAUCACAGAGCGAGGCCGGGACAUUGAUGGAGUGAUCAAACAAUACAACAAAUUUGUGAAGCCAGCCUUUGAACAAUACAUCGAGCCCACGAUGAGACUGGCAGAUAUUGUGGUGCCACGUGGUGGCGGCAACAUGGUGGCCAUUGAUCUUAUAGUGCAGCAUGUACACAGUCAGCUGGAGGAGAGAAAGCUCCGCUGGGAUAUGGCGGCACUAGCAUCAGCCCAUCAGGCACAGCCUCUUCCACAGACUCUUAGUGUUCUGGAGAGCACUCCGCAGGUCCGCGGCAUGCACACCAUCAUCAGAAAUAAAGAGACCAGUCGAGACGAGUUCAUCUUCUACUCCAAGAGGUUAAUGCGGCUCCUCAUCGAGAGAGCACUGUCCUUCCUUCCAUCUCAGGUCCACAUUGUUCAGACCCCACAAGGAGAGGAUUAUGAGGGCAGAACCUUCCAUGGGAAGAGGAUUACGGGUGUGUCAAUUCUCAGGGCAGGAGAGACCAUGGAGCCCGCGCUUAGAGCCGUGUGCAAAGACGUCCGCAUUGGCAAAAUCCUCAUCCAGACCAAUCAGGACACAGGAGAGCCUGAGCUGCACUACUUGCGUCUACCCAAAGACAUCGGCGAAGAUCAUGUGAUCCUGAUGGACUGCACUGUGUCCACUGGGGCGGCAGCCAUGAUGGCCAUCAGAGUGUUGCUGGAUCAUGAUGUUCAGGAGGAGAAGAUCCUGCUGGUUUCUCUGCUCAUGGCUGAGAUGGGUGUUCAUUCCGUGGCCUACGCCUUCCCUCAGGUCAAAAUCAUCACCACCGCCGUCGACAAGAAGGUCAAUGACCUCUUCCACAUCAUCCCUGGUAUAGGAAAUUUUGGGGAUCGUUAUUUUGGCACGGAUGCACCUCCAGACUGGAGUGACGAUGACAUGGAUGAGCCCAGCUACUGAGACGCCCUCCUCACCGCUGGACGCUUCUGUAACGUACUGAAGAUCACAUCUCGCUGACGCGGGGCUGAUAAUCAUGUCUGACAUCUGUACAUUAUAAAAUAUUUUUAUACUUUUUUGCACUGCCUAAACAGAAAUGUUAUAUGUGAGGUUUUUAUUUGUGAAGGUUUUAUUUAUGGAGGUUAAUAUAGUUGUUUUUUAUGUAAGUUAUUUCCUGUGGUUUCAAGUAUGUAGAGUUUAAUUCUGAAGCACAUGCUGUUGAUUUAUUGCCUUACACGUAUUUGCUGACACUUUUGUAAUCUGUUUUAGUAUUUUUGGCAUGUGAACUCUCAUCAGCGAACACAAUAUGUCUGGUUGUCAUGGCAUACAGCACGUCACUUUUACUCCGUUGCAGCAGUCAACCUUUCUGAGAAUAAAAUAAGACUGCCUUGCUACACUUAGACAGUGAAUUUCUUUGAAGGACCACUUCGUCGGAAAAAAUGUGUGGGCGUAGCUUUGUUUUAAUCUUUGCUUUCUGUCUCGCUUUACCUGCAGACGGCUGCUGACCAAACCACAGGCUGUUAACAAUUACACUUUCACAACAGACAACUGCAUUCUAUACUAUGGCUUGGGCUUUAAAACUUGUGACAUUUUUAUAAAAUUUUGCACAAUUUUGUUGGUUUUAGAGUUAGUAUAGGUAUAAGAUGUAAGAUGUAAGGAGUUGCAGGGCUCUAUCUAUCAAACACAUAAGCAUGAACAAUCGGCAGUUGUUGAUUUUUAGGUCAUUUAAAGUUUUAUUUUAGAGGUUUAUAAAACAGCUCACAUGCUGUGUUAAGAAUGACCUACAUGUUUCUUUCAUCUGUCCAUCGAGUCUAUAGCUGCCUUUACCAUAUAUGGCUCGAAUCUGCUCGAUGUUUGCUGUCUUGUCAAAAACAUACACCACGUACAAGAGCAAAACUAGCCCACAGGAAGCGUUGGUGUUUGGCCUAAAAUUUAGGUUUAAUUGUGUUACCCCACUGAGCACUUUGAGAAAAUACUUAGCCUGAAGAAAUUAUUUCAUCAAAGAAACAUGAUGGGAUUGUGUGUGUGUUGUUUGUAUGAUUUACUCUAACUUGCAAUUUAUAUUUGAAGUUAACCAAAAAAAAAAAAAAAAUUCUUGGGUUGAAAAAUACUAAAAGACGAACAAUAUUGUAUUAAUGUUAAAGCACUGCGAUCUGCAGUGAUAAUGUCAAGGCUUAGUGAAUGUGAAUGACUUUUGUCCCAAAACAGGAAUAAAAGUCAAGUCUAUGAUUUAUUUAUUUUAUUGCUUUGUCAUUGCACACUUUCUGAAAUACUUGAUUUUGAUUGGUCAGUCAGAUAUUUGUGUAAUGACUGCUAUGUACGUCUCUUGUAUCCACAAUCCGUUUCACCUCGCAUAAUAAAAUCAUUUCAACUCGUCAA